AUGUCGUGGAUGGACUCCUGGUCGCGGCCCAGCAAGCACGCCGUCACCCCACCUCCCCUCUACCUCACCGUCGGCGACACAGUCCCCUACUGCCACAGCUGCGGGCGAGUAAUCAGCGAGCGCCGCAAGACUCAAAACGCAACGGCAGUCAAGUACUGCUCAUCACGCUGUCGAAACAGCAAACCAGGUCCUACGGACCGCAAGAUUGAAGCCACGUUCGCCGCCCUUCUCAACGGCGCGUCACCAGAAUCACUGAAAGAAAACGCUGGAGCAGACCCCAUCAAGAACAACACAGAUGCUGAGAAUGCACAUGAGGACGCCAAAUUCGGCAAAGGCGAGAAGAAACAACACAAGAAAAAGCCAUCUAAGACUGUCAAGGGAGAAACAAGGAUCAUCAUCGAAUGCGGUACAGUUGAAGAGAUAGUAUUCCAGCGGGAAAAAGACCCCGAGAAGGUGUACGGACGACGCAAGAAUCGCAAAGCGCGGUUUGUCGUCGAGAAACCUGAGGAUUGGAAGAGCGUGGACAUGGUCGAUAAACCUACGUCUACUACAGCCACAGAUGCAACACCAGCAUCUGCACCACAGCAACCCCCACAAGACUACACCAGCGACGAGGAAAGUGUAUCAGAUUCCGACGCCGAAGCCGAAGGUGGUAUAGUCCUCGAACCCACCAAAACAGCCUCAUCAGCAGACGCUGACGCAGACCCCUCCGCUCUGCCAGACACCGUAGAAUACGGCUACGGCUCUGGAAAGAUCCGCCCACCCCAAGCGCAAAACGACGUCAACGGCAGCGUAGGCGGAGAGAAAGGUUGGGCUGAACGCAUUGAGGAAACUGAUGAGAUGAAGUUGAAGCGGAGGGAGGGGCAGCGGAAAGCGGACGAGAGGGAGAUGGUGCGCAAGGCGGCGAGAAGGGGUUGUGCGUUUGGGUUUAGCGUUGAGGGGGAAAGUGAGAAGAAGAAGUGUGAGGCGGUUAUGAAGGGCGUGGUCGUUGAGAGUAGUUUUGCCAAGGGGGAGUGGGGGGUUAGGUGGAGGGAGAUGGUUUGA